AGUGGUGUGCUGCAGUCCGCUCCCUGCUGUAGCUGAGUAAACUACAUGGACAUUAGCGGGCGCAGCGGCGCAACCACCGACCCGGAGGGGGAUUAAAGCAGCGUGCGUGUGUGGAGAACUGCUCGAUUACCGUCUGUGUGACGAAGUGUGAAGGGAAAAAACAAAACAACAACAAAAAAACUCGGUGUUUUAAAUCUCGAGUCCGCGGCAGCCAGUUUUGCAGCUGCUAAAGCAGCGGAGAUUAGGAGCGAACUCAGUAACUCGUCCGUGCGUCGUGAUUGAGUGUUAGCGAGCCAGAGAGAGGGGGGAGAAAGAAAAAGCUCGGCGGGAAUGGCUUCAUCUCCGUGCGGCAACAGUAACUUUGAUUCCGGCCUGGAGAUCAAAACUCGCUCCGUGGAGCAGACGCUUAUUCCCCUGGUGUCGCAGAUCACGACGCUGAUUAACCACAAAGACAGGCCAAAGAAGUCUGAGCGGACGCUGGCAGCGAUUCACCGAGUGGGUCAGGCAGUGAGCGUGGCAGUGGGGCGUUUUGUCGCCGUUGGGGAGGCCAUAGCCUCAGAAAACCAGGAGCUGAAGGAUGAAAUGGGUCAGGCGUGCUUUGAAGCACGCAGAGCAGGCGACGCUAUAGCCCAGCUGACAGACGUGGGGUCAGCCAUGCAGCCUCAGACAGACGGGCGUGUCACAGUGUUCAGUGACAGGACUGGGAUGGUAAAGGCCGCCCGCCUGCUCCUCUCAUCAGUCACUAAAGUCCUCGUCCUUGCCGAUCGCAUCGUCAUCAAACAGAUAAUCACAUCACGCAAUAAGGUUCUUGUAACACUUGACAAACUGGAAAGAGUCAGCACCUUCCAGGAGUUUGUGCAGAUUUUCAGCCAGUUUGGCAACGAGAUGGUGGAGUUUGCUCACCUCACAGGAGACAGACAGAAUGACUUGAAAGACGAGAAGAAGAAGGCGAGAAUGGCAGCAGCCCGGGCAGUGCUGGAGAAAUGCACCAUGAUGCUCCUCACAGCCUCCAAGACUUGCCUCAGGCACCCAGACUGUGAGUCGGCGAGGAUCAACAAAGACGCCGUGUUCCACCGAAUGCGCUGUGCCCUGGAGCAGGUCAUCGAGAUAGUCACCGAGGCACGGAGCUGUGGGGAAAACAAGGUCCUCCCUACUAGUAUCUACAACAGCAUCAAGGACUUCAAGGGCAGCGUUGAGUGCCUUAGAGAGAACCUGCACUCUUCGACGCCGCAGAUCUUGGCCGGUCAGCUGGAGACGCUGGUGGAGCGCACCGAGGACUUCACCGAUUCGCCCUACACCAGUCAUGAGCAGCGGCAGGCCAUCCUCAGCGUGUGCCAGCUGGCCCGCCAGGACACCCAGCAGCUGGUGCACGCCUGGAUCGAGGCGCAGCAGUCUGUCCAUGCCAAAGAGGCCACAGAAGAGCUGGAGGUGGCCAUUCUGAAGACAUGCCAGAGCAUCAGUGACCUGAGACGAGAGCUCCAUAAGGUCGCGGUGGGCCGCGCCUCCGACUUGCUGAAAGCUCACGGCGAGCAUCUGCCUCUGAGGGCCCUCAAAGCUGCUGGCGCUGAAGGGAACCUGGAGGCAGUGGCAGAGUAUUCGCGGACGCUCACCGAGCAGAAGGAGCAGCUGGUGGAGACAUGCAGACUGUUGUGCCAUGUGUCGGGGACGGAGCCAUUAGAGAUUACCUGUAUACACGCAGAGGAGACCUUUCAUGUCAUUGGUCCACAGAUCAUCUCGGCUGCCCAGACGUUGGCCCUUCAUCCAUCCAGUAAGAUUGCUAAAGAGAACCUGGAGGUGUUCUGCGAGGCCUGGGACUCCCAGCUCUGUGACAUGGCUCUGCUGCUCAAAGAGAUCAAUGACGUCUUUGAAGGGAGACGAGGUGACAAAAGGCCUUAUCUGUCUCUUCCAAGACCUGGGAAACACUCAGCUAAUCUGAAGACUGCCAAGGCUGUCAAGUUGGAUGCAGAGGAGCAGACGAGCAUGGCCAAGCUGGGACUGGAGCUCCGUCUGCUGUCAUCAGAUGUGGACUCAGAGGUGGAGAAAUGGGAGGAGCAGGAACAUGACAUAGUGCGGCAGAGCCAGAGCCUCGCCAGCAUGGCAUACAACAUGUACCUGUUCACAAGAGGGGAGGGGCUGUUGAAGACAACUCUGGAUCUUUUUCAUCAAGCUGAGGUUUUGUCAGAAGAGGGUCUUCAGCUUUGUUCAUCUCUUCAUACAUUUUCCACUCAGCUGGUUGAUGAGGAAAAGUCUGUGGUGAUCACAGAAACGGAGAAGCUGGUGGUGUUGUGCCAGCAGCUGCAGAUGGGGGCCAAAACUCCUGUACAGGGCAAGACUGCCACCUUCCAGAAGGUGGAUUCAUCCAUUCAGACAACCAGAAACAUCAUGACUGUGGUCCUCUCCAUCCUCCCCAUUAGUAAUAAGCUAAAUAAAAAGGUAACAUCCACAUGCUGGUUUAAGUACAAGUCAGAGAGGACGAGCCUCAGUUCCCUGCAGGACUGGGGAGAACGUCCGGACGUAUCCACGCCUGUCAAAGAGGAGGGGGCUCUAAGCAGCAAAAACACAAACGGCUUUGGAGUCAAAUCCCUGGAACAGCACAUGGCCGGCCUCAACCUCCUGGAGAGCAAAUAAUCCUGGAGAAUGUCUCCUUGUUUUUUUUUUCCCCACUGUUGUUGUCAGAGCACCACAUAGCCAACCUUACCUCUGUGAAAUUAUCCCAUCAUCCCCUCCUACCACUGUAGCCUGGACUUGAACUACAAGGCAAAGAUGGCUGCCUUCGGGUCAGAUAGAUUGAAUUUGGUACGUGGGGGAUAACUCUGAAGGUGUGCCAAGAAAGAAAUGCAAACUGAAGCUCUGUAUGUCCAACGAGGUGGAUUCACUCCACUUUAGGUACUUAGCAUGAACCACUAGUCAAUAAUCAGCCUUCAAAUUUAACAGAUUUUUGACUCAAUUUUGAUUUUCAGGGUUCCUCAACAUUCAUAUACAAAUUUCAUACGUUUUCAGUUUAAAAAAAAAUUUCUAGCAUUCUGUAGAUAAACAGAACAAAAACGAGGUCUUUUCACAAAAUCAUGAAAUUGGCCACCAGUUUUCUGUGUGGUUUAGAGGCAUCUGGAGUAUAUUACACGAAGUCUACUUCAAAAUCUUUAACUCCUGGAUUUGUCAAAGUGUCAGACUAAAAGCAGAUUAUUUAAAGCACAGUUUGUGUGCUUUGGUACCAAAAGCUGCAGUUUUUGUCUUUGUCUGGCAUUAUAAUCCCACUAACUUUAAGAACCACGUAUGCCGUUCCAAUUGAAUUUGCUUAGACAAAUAAAUAAAUAAAACUACUGCCCCCUUUUUAAAAUGUUGAGUGUGCAUUCAGUCAUUAAGUGAAAAACCAAAAUGCUGAAACAAUAAAAUCAAGUGUGAUGCGUCUAUUCAAAGAUAAUAAAUGCAUCUUUAAGAAUUUUUGGACUGAAAAUACCUUAGAUGGAAAAAUAAAACUGGAAUAUUCAACAAUUUUCCACACUUAUCCAGACCUCAAAAAUACUAAGAGCAGAUUGAAAGCUUCUCCAGGCUGUGUUGGAACCCUGUUUGUUAGGAGUCAUAGUUCAGCCACACAUCUGUUGUCUCAACGUGCCUGUGUGCCCGACCCCCCUUUGUUUUUUGAUGUAUUGUAACUGUGUUGCACAAGCAUGGUGGCAACAUGUGUGACUGCCAUAAUGUCACUUCCAUGCAGAUAACAUAAAAAAAAAAAAAAAACACUAUAUUUGCCAUAGCAUUUACUAUAGAACAUUCCCCAUGUGACAUGUUGAUAGAAAAAUAGGAUUCAUGCCAAAUGAUUGAAAAACAUUAGCGGAGAUAUUUUUUUCCUUUGAGUGACAAGAAAAAGCUAGAGUUGGUGAGUAAAGCUGCUGAGGAAUCAGGAUUUUAUUUUAAAGCAUGUUAAGCGAAACCAAAUCAUCUGUCGGAUUUAAGAGUUGUGAACGGGCAUCGAAUAGAACCGUCAAGUGUACUUGUUAUGAAGACUAUCAGUGUGAAGCUGCCAAACAGGCCAAUAUGUAUUAUAGUUUAUGAGGUGUUUAAAUAUGUAGUGUGGUACUUAAAGCAGUUGAUGUGGAUCUGAAGGUAAUCACUUUGGUACUGUGAGAACAGGAGAUAAUGACUCAAAUCUACAAUAUAUAGUAGGCUUUAGGGAAAUUCUGUACCUUUUAUGAAAGCAACUAGAUAUUCUGGACAUUAUAAUGCCACCACGGAUUUAAAAAAAAUGUUUAAAAAAAACAUCUAGUUUUGGACCAUCUAUUUUUUUUUGUUGAAAGGCUGAUAAGAGGGUGAGAAAAUAAAUAAAAAAUAUUUUUCAUA